AUGGGCUACCACACUGUUAAAGAGGAAAGUGAGGAUAUCAGCGUGAUGGAGGCGACUGGACUGAAGACUGAAGACCAGGAGAUGGACAAAGAAGAGGUUUUCAAAGACGAGAUUAAAGAGGAGCACAAACCAGAAGUGAAGCCAUUUCAAGAAGCAUGUAGUUCACAUAAAUCUCAUCAAAGUCCAGGAAGAAGCAUCAGCGAUUCCUCCUCUCACCAGAAAGAUCACCCGAGAAUUCAUGGAGAAGACAUUUUAAGCUGUUCACAGUGCAAGAAGAUCUUCAUUUCCGAGAGAGCUCUGAACGCCCACAUGGGCGUACACGAAGGAAUGAAGCGUCACCGGUGCUCUCAGUGCGCCUCCAGAUUCUCACGCUUAUCAGACUUAAAACGACAUGAGAAAACUCACAUUGGAGAGAAGCUUUUCAGUUGCUCCCACUGUGGAAAGAGUUUUAGGAAGUCGAGUCACCUUAAAUCUCACAUGAUGAUUCACACUGGAGAAAAGCCGUUCACCUGCUCUGAGUGCGGAAGAGGUUUCCCACAAAAGAGCUACCUCAAAGCCCACAUGCUGAUUCAUGCUGGAAAAAGCCCGUUUACCUGCACUCAGUGUGAGAAGAGCUUCUGCACUGCGAAAGGUCUUGUGUAUCACAUGUACAAACAUACAGGGCACAGACCUCACCAGUGCUCUCAGUGCGGGAAGAGCUUCAUACGAAUCUCAGACUUAAAGCUACAUCAAAAAAUUCAUACUGGAGAAAAGCCUUUCAGCUGCUCUCAGUGCGGGAAGACGUUUGCUAGAUUAUGCGCCCAGACAGUCCACAUGAGGGUUCAUACGGGAGAACGACCUUUCAGCUGCUCUCAGUGUGGAAAAAGCUUCAAGCAGUUAACUCAUCUAACAGCACACCAGAGGAGAAUCCACAAAACUGUCUAA